AUGGCAGAGCAGCAUCCCGAAGAUGUCCAGGCGGUCCGCCUCGACCACAAGCCACAAGAAGCCGUAGAAGCGUUCGCUAUGAUCGAAGGCGCAAAUACCACUGCAUAUCAGGUCAUCGAGUGUGAGAUCACGGACUCUCUCAAGGACUGGACGAUCGUUGCCAAGUUCCCCAAGUUCGGAGCACGAACAUUCUUGCUCAGUGGGUUCUACGACGAGCCUACGCAAGUCAGAAACAUCAGAGGUCUCGGACUCGGAGUGGAGGCCGCGUCUGCACUUCUGGGCCUGCGCUCCCAGAUCCCAUUGCCCCCCGUUUCCCUCGCCUGCAUGAAGGGCCUCACCCUCCUCGAGCGCAUCACCGCCGCGCUCCUCGUCGUCUCCGCCUCCCUCUUCCUCCUCGCCCGCGUCGUCCCCUUGAUCCCCUUCCGCCGCCCCCCGCCGCCCCCCGCCCACGAAUACACAUACCGCGGCACCGACUUCCCCGCCGAGUGGCCGCUCGCCGCGCUCCCCGCCGUCCGCCUCCCGCACGAAGACAGCGUUCACUACUCCGCCGCGCUCGCCGACGCGCCCGACCGCGGUGCCGCAGCGUGGGCCGCGCUCCUCCCGCGCGGCGGCGCGACCGUCCGCCUCGGCCCCGCCGGCCGCCCGUUCACGCUCGGGAUGUUCCACCAGCUCCGGUGCCUCGACGUCCUGCGCGCGCAGCUCGUGGCCGUCCACGACUCGUACGCCCCCGGGACGAACGAGUCGUGGCGGCGCGCGGACGGAGAGGGGGAGGAGAGGGUGGACGGGCUGACGGGGCGGGAGCGGGAGAUGGCGGGACACUGCCUGAACUACCUGCGGCAGUCGGCGAUGUGCCGCGGGGACUCGCGGCUGGAGCACCUGCGGUCGAACACGGAUGCGCAGACGACGGUGUCGGACGUGACGCACGAGUGCAGGGACUGGACGGCGGUGUACGAUGCGGCGGAGGCGAAUUAUGCCGACUACGUCGCUAGGACUCGGGACGAACUGUAA